UCCCGGCCCGCAGGCCCGCCCUCUGCGGAGGAUGCCGGCUGCCCCCUGCGCCCGCGGCCCCGGCCAGCCCCUGGGCGCGGGGACCUUGGGCGGCGGCGGCGGCCGGGCGGGCUGAACGCGCUCCAGGCCGGCGGUGCUGGAGGAACCGUGCCCGGGGGUGCUGAAAGGGACAGCUCCCGGCGGUGCUGAAGGGACAGCUCCCCGUGGUGCUGAAGGGACAGCUCCCCGCGCCGUGCAAGGGGACCAGCGCUAGAGCAUCCUCUGGGCACCAUUCUCCGAGCGCGCAUCUCCGAGCGCAUCUCCGGGGACCAUCUCCAGGCGCACCUCUCCGCGCCCGGGACGGAGGGACCACUCCCAGCAGCCGCUCAGCUCAGCCCCGCCGCUCCCUCCCGGGCCAGCCUCCCUCUCCGGGGCGGUGCCCGUGCCGAGGGGCGCCUCCCCAGGCUCAUGCUCGCCCCAGGGGCCCGCCUGCUGGAGGCGCCCGCGGGCUCGGGCAUGGCCUGCGGGUAAAGGCGGCGCCAGCUCCAGCCGCGUUCAUGGCGGUGGCCAGGAAGAUCAAAACUUUGCUGACGGUCAACAUCCUGGUGUUCGUGGGCAUCGUCCUGUUCUCCGUCUACUGUCGCCUGCAGGGACGCUCGCAGGGCUUGGUACAGCUGGUGCGAGGAGGCGCCGCCGAGCGCCGUGGGCGCGGCCGGCACCCCAGGGCGGGCUCCCUGGGCGACCGAGACGCCAUCCUGCAGCGGCUGGACCACCUGGAGGACGUGGUGUACAACCAGCUGAACGGCCUCGCCAAGCCCAUCGGCCUGGUGGAGGGGCCAGGAGGCUUGGGCCAGGGUGGCGUGGCAGCCAGGCUACGUGAGGAUACGCAGGAGCCAGAGAGCAAGUACGAGGAGUAUGGCUACAAUGCGCAGCUCAGCGACCGCAUCUCCCUGGACCGUGCCAUCCCGGACUACAGGCCCAAACGGUGCCGACAGAUGAGCUACCCACGGGAAUUGCCACAGGUGUCCGUGGUCUUCAUCUUCGUGAACGAGGCACUGUCAGUGGUCCUACGCUCCGUGCACAGUGUGGUCAACCACACGCCCCCACAGCUACUCAAGGAGAUAAUCCUGGUGGACGACAGCAGUGACCACGCGGAGCUCAAGUUCAACCUGGACCAGUACCUGGACAAGCGGUACCCGGGGCUGGUGAAGGUCGUGCGCAACAGCCGGCGCGAGGGCCUGAUCCGGGCUCGGCUGCAGGGCUGGCGGGCGGCCACGGCGCCCGUGGUGGGCUUCUUCGACGCGCACGUCGAGUUCGGCGCCGGCUGGGCCGAGCCCGCCCUGACCCGCAUCCGCGAGGACCGGACCCGCAUCGUGCUGCCGGCCAUCGACAACAUCAAGUUCGACACCUUCGAGGUGCAGCAGUACGCCAGCGCCGCCCACGGCUACAACUGGGGGCUCUGGUGUAUGUACAUCGUGCCCCCGCGGGACUGGCUGGACCGUGGCGACGAGGCGGCUCCCAUCAGGACCCCGGCCAUGAUCGGCUGCUCCUUCGUGGUGGACAGGGAGUACUUUGGGGACAUCGGCCUACUGGACCCUGGCAUGGAAGUCUACGGUGGCGAGAACAUCGAGCUGGGCAUGAGGGUGUGGCAGUGUGGUGGCAGCAUGGAGGUGCUGCCCUGUUCUCGCGUGGCCCACAUAGAGCGCACCCGGAAGCCCUACAACAACGACAUCGACUACUAUGCCAAGCGCAACGCCCUGCGUGCGGCCGAGGUGUGGAUGGACGGGUUCAAGUCCCACGUGUAUAUGGCCUGGAACAUCCCCAUGACUAACCCAGGUGUGGACUUCGGGGAUGUCUCGGAGCGGCUGGCCCUGCGCCGGAGGCUAAAGUGUCGCAGCUUCCAGUGGUACCUGGAGAAUGUGUACCCAGAGAUGAGGACCUACAACGACACGCUCACAUAUGGAGAGGUGAGGAACAGCAAAGCCAGUGGCUACUGUUUGGACCAGGGAGCGGAGGAUGACGACCGUGCCAUUCUCUACCCCUGCCACGGCAUGGCCUCCCAGCUGGUGCGCUACAGUGCCGAGGGGCUGCUGCAGCUGGGCCCGCUGGGCUCCACGGCCUUCCUGCCCGACUCCAAGUGCCUGGUGGAUGAGGGCAGGGGCCGAGCACCCACCCUGAAGAAGUGCGAGGACGUGGCCCGGCUGGCACAGCGGCUGUGGGACUUUACCCAGAGUGGCCCUAUCGUGAGCCGGGACACAGGCAGGUGCCUGGAGGUGGAAGUGUCCAAGGAUGCACACUUUGGGCUGCGCCUGGUGCUGCAGCGCUGCUCCGGACAGAAGUGGACCAGCCGGAACUGGAUCAAGCAUGGGCGGUCCUGAGCCAGCACUCACCUGCCUUUCAGGGACAAGGAAGGCCCUGCAUGUGCUGACGCCCCGGCCACCCCCAGUGCAGAGCAGACCCUGCAGAUGGAUGUGAGGCAUGGACAGCUGUGCUCCCAGACCCCUGCGGGCAGGGCUUGGAGGAGACCAGAGGCUGUGGGAGGGAGGGGAAGGGCCCAGAAGCGGCAGAUGCUUGGAGGCCGGCCUGCCCUUGUUGCCCCGCCCUCCUCGGACAGGUCAGCAAGUGAUGACCCAGCCCCAUGCCUGUUUUUAUAAAUAAAGUUUUAUUGGCACAGGC